AUGACGCCACUCCCCCCGCCGCUGCUCCCACACGUCACCGCACACCGGCCCCCGGCACGUGACACCACCCAGCGCCACUCCUCCGUCACACACCGCCCCCCGGCACGUGACGCCACUCUCCCUCACUCUCUCUCACGUGAUGAUGCCACGCUCCCCCGGCACGUGACGCCACUUCCCCCCCACGCCGCUCCUCCGUCACGUGACGGCACGCCCCCCCCGCCCCCUUACGUCACCGCGCACCGCCCCCCGGCACGUGACGCCAUGCCCUCCCACCCCCAUCACGUGACAGAGCGUCCCCUUGCCCCCCACGUCAUCGGGCGCAGCCACGCUCCCCCGGGACGUGGCGUGACGGCGAACAUCAAUGCCGCUUGGCGCCCCCCACUGCCCCCGGAGCCCGAGGAGGAGGGAGGAGGGAGGAAGGGGCCGGGGGUCUCCGGGCUCCUCGGGGGGCGGGAAAGAUGGGGGGGGAGGCCUCGGCCUCGGCCUCGGCCUCCCGGGCCGCUGCUGCGGGGCCUCCUCGCCCUCCUGGCGGCGCUCCCAGGGGUCCUGCCCACGGCCACGGAGGAGCGUUUGGUGGAACACCUUUUGGACCCGGCCCGCUACAACAAGCUCAUCCGCCCCGCGGCCAACGGCUCCCAGCUGGUCACCGUGCAGCUCAUGGUCUCCCUGGCCCAGCUCAUCAGCCUGCACGAGCGGGAGCAGAUCAUGACCACCAACGUCUGGCUGACCCAGGAGUGGGAAGACUACCGCCUCACUUGGAAGCCGGAGGAGUUCGACAACAUGAAGAAAGUCCGGCUGCCGUCCAAGCACAUCUGGCUGCCGGACGUCGUCCUCUAUAACAACGCGGACGGCAUGUACGAGGUGUCCUUCUACUCCAACGCGGUGGUGUCCCACGACGGCUCCAUUUUCUGGCUGCCCCCGGCCAUCUACAAGAGCGCCUGCCGCAUCGAGGUGCGGCACUUCCCCUUCGACCAGCAGAACUGCACGCUGAAAUUCCGCUCCUGGACGUACGACGGGCGCGAGAUGGACCUGGUGCUGAAGAGCGAGGCGGCCAGCCUGGACGACUUCACGCCCAGCGGCGAGUGGGACAUCGUGGCCCUGCCCGGGCGGCGCCACGCGGGGCCGGGCCCCGCGGCCUACGUGGACAUCACCUACGACUUCGUCCUCCGCCGCAAGCCCCUCUUCUACACCAUCAACCUCAUCGUGCCCUGCGUCCUCAUCACCAGCCUGGCCAUCCUGGUCUUCUACCUGCCGUCGGACUGCGGCGAGAAGAUGACCCUGUGCAUCUCCGUCCUGCUGGCCCUCACCGUCUUCCUGCUGCUCAUCUCCAAGAUCGUGCCGCCCACCUCGCUGGACGUGCCCUUGGUGGGCAAGUACCUCAUGUUCACCAUGGUCCUGGUCACCUUCUCCAUCGUCACCAGCGUCUGCGUGCUCAACGUCCACCACCGGUCCCCGGCCACGCACGCCAUGGCCCCCUGGGUCCGGGCCUUGUUCUUGGAACGGCUGCCCGCCCUGCUCUUCAUGCGGCCCCCGCGCCGGGGGCGACCGCCGGGCCGGGAGGCCGGGACGCCCGGGAAGGAGCCCCGCGGACCGCCCUGCCGCUGCGGGGGGCUGGGAGAGGCGGUGGACGGGGUCCGCUUCAUCGCCAGCCGCAUGAAAGGCGAGGACGACGACCAGAGCGUGAGCGAGGACUGGAAGUACGUCGCCAUGGUGAUCGACCGCCUGUUCCUGUGGAUCUUCGUGUUCGUCUGCGUGUUCGGCACCGUGGGCAUGUUCCUACAGCCCCUCUUCCUCCAGAACCGCACGGCCCACGGCCUGCUGCCCGCGGCUCCCCGUGAAUGAAGCCCCGUCCCCCCGGGGAAUGGCUGGAGGCCCGGGGGUCCGGUCAGUCACGAAGGAACGGCUGGGUCAGGGGAGGAUCGGGAAAAAAGGGAGUCAGGGGGUGUCACGAGGCCCGUGCUCGGUCGCUGUGGGGAGAUGGAAGCUGAGCUAAAUGUCCAGCUCCAGAAGCAACCCCAACCACCCCAAAACAAUGGCCGGGGAAGGGGUCUCUCUCCUUCGACGGAUGCGACCACCCUCCCCAGGGCAGGGAGCAAAGGGAAGUCAAUCGUAUUUAUUGAGCGACCCUAGGGGUCAUCCAGUCCAUCCCCCGGCCUCCCAACGGGCAGACAACAUGCCCACUCCCCCCUCCUUGGCCUUUUCCUCUCCAGGCCGGAUCCCUCCCGGGGGUCCUUCCUCCUCGGCCCCCCUGGACCCGGCCGACCUUGACCUCUGACCCCAGACGGCCACAGCCUCGGCCCAACACCCAGGGGAGGGACAGAGGGAGACGGGAUGCGACCCCUGCCCCGCGGGGAGACCUGAAAGUGCACACGCACGCCUGCACACUCCCAAAUCUGGGAUGAGCAUGGCCCCAGCCCCUUCCCCACCUCGGCUUUCCCUUCCCUCGGUCUCCCCCUUUUCCUAACCCCUCCACUUUUGCCCCUCUGCCCUUCACUCCCCCCAUAACUGUGGAAUAAACCCCAGUGGAUGCUC